AUAGAUGGACUAAAAAGUAUAGAGUCAGUGUUUAGAAGAAACUGCGGUUAGUCUCUACAUAUCCAAAAACUCCAGGUGCUAACUACUGUGUGUCUCUGUUUUCUCUUCUGUAAAUGACGCAUUCCCAUGGCGGCGACUCCUAAUUUUCUCUUCUUUUUCUUCACUUCUGAACCAUUUUCUCCACCCUACUGUCACAUUCAUCACCACCAACACCAACACCAGCAGCAGCAAUCACUAUUGUCCCCUUUAUUGCUUUUCUUCUUCACUUUCUCAUUUUGUUCUCUCACCAUUCUCAUUUUUUCUCUUUACUCUAAGCUUACUAAGAAGAAGAUUAAUGACACUCAUCAACACCUAAUUAAAGUCCGACAAGACUUGUCUAUACAACAGGAAUCUAAGAAUGAUGAACAACCGGAGAUUACGCAUCAAUCUGACCCGACCCAUUUCACCCAUUCUAUUCUUCUCGAGAUCUUACCUUCAAAUUCACCUAAAUGGGUGAAACUGUUUGGUAAUGAAUUGGGUGAUGAUGCCCCGAAUAAGAUUGAAUCGGGUCUUGAUGCGGAAAGGGUGGAAGAGGAUAAGGAUAAAGAGAAGACGAAGAAAAAGAAACGGGCUAAGAAGAAGAGACCCGCUUCGAAUAGUGAAGAGGAAGGGAAGAGGGAUUCUGGGGUUGUGAAGGAGAAAGAGGAAUUGGUGUGUUUAUACCCUUUUACCAAGUCUUCUAGUGCAACUCAGAGGAAAAUUAAGCAACAUUACGAUGAGCUUGUUAAGUCUCAUGAGUCGAAUGGAUUGACUCUGGCUCAGGUUGGUCAAUUUGUUAAUUGCUUGGUUGAAGCAAGGAAUGAGCUACAGCACAAGUCUGAGGUCAUUCAACGAAGAUUCACAAUAACAAAGGCCUUACUCUUUAAGGCUGAUAGGUCUUCCUUUGUUCGCCUACGGCAGCAGAUAUACAAGCUAGAAUUAGAACAAAAGCGAUUGGAAGAGGAUGCUUUUGUAUAUAAUUGGCUGCAGCAACAACUGAAGCUCUCGCCAGCUUACAAGAAGAUGCUUGAAAUUGGUGCGGACAUGGAAAUGAAAGCAAAAUCCAAUGAACUAGUUGAAAACACAGAAGCUGAUUUGCCUGAUAUUUCGUUUGAAGAGUUAUUAGCACAAGAAAAGAAAGAUGUUUUUUGGCAGAAGAAUGGGAGAACGAAAGUGUACUCUGGCUGAGGAUUUAUUUUUUAGCUUAGUUGGUGAGAAUAUCACUAAUGGCAGUAUGUACAUCUUGAUACCAAAGUCAUACCUACUACAGGAAUUUUUUUAUUAGGUGCCUGUGCUUCUUGGGUUGAUUUUGGACCGAAUAAUUGCCAUUAACAUUGUCUUAUUUCUUAGGUACGCCCUGCAUAUGGUAAAUAUCUGGGUCGUAUGCACCACUUUUGGCCUUUGAGGGUCUAUCUAUAUAUGCUAACGACAGUUAUACCUCA